CUAAAAGAAUGACUGAAAGUCCUCUACUGAGCAUUCCCUUCUCAAACCAGAGUGAAAACAAGAGCAACUCAACUGUUUGCCCAGACUUGGAAAACUGGUGGGAAAUCGUGUACUACUUAGUACCCAAGUGUAUCGACACCAUCUGUGUUAUUGGAAUGCUUGGAAAUUUAUUUGUCCUCUUCGUUUACUCACUGUACAAGGGCCCUCUGAAGAUAUCUGAAAUCUACCUUGUGAACCUAGCUGUUGCUGAUCUUAUUUUCCUCAUAUGUCUCCCUUUCUGGGCAGAGAAUAUACGGAAUAAGUAUAAUUGGCCAUUUGGAAAUUUUCUUUGUCGUAGUGCCAGUGCAUCCAUCCAUCUAAACAUGUACACUAGCAUUUACUUGCUAGUAGCAGUCAGUUUGGAUCGCUAUUUGACUUUUGUUCAUACCUUGACACACAAAAGUAUACGUAGCAAAACUAUAGCCAAAGGGAUCUGCUUGCUCACCUGGAUCUUUGGGGUCCUUCUCAGUAUCCCAACCUUUACAUUUCGGACUGUGAAACACUUACCUGAGUGGAAUAUCUCUGCAUGUAUUUUAGACUUCCCCACCCCAUCAUGGGGAAAAGCUAAUCGUUUGGUAUUCAGCAUCGCGGGGUUUGCAUUGCCAUCAACAGCAAUGGUCUUCCUCAAUUUCCGUACCAUUCGCUCCCUACAAGAACACAAAAGAGAACUAACAGCAUUCGGGACAAAUUGUUGCAAGGACCACAGAGACACAAAGGCUACAAAGUUGAUCUUCUUAGUGGUACUGAUGUUUCUUUUGUGCUGGACUCCUUACCAUCUUGUUAUAUUCUUUGAUAUAUUAUUCCAGAUGGAAGUGAUACAAGGCUGUUUCUGGGAGGAUUUUCUCAACUUUGGUGAGCAGUUUAGUUCUACUCUAGCUCUCACAAACAGCUGUAUUAACCCAAUAAUUUAUGUGUUUGCUGGGAAAUAUUUCAGGCAAAAAGCCUUAAAAGUUUUUUCACAGUUUUUCUGCUGUGGGUAUUUUUUGAGCCAGGUUUCAUUCCAAGAAAAGUCUUCAUAUUUCAAGUUGUUUCCAGUCAAGACUAGUUCAACUUCAUGAUUCUCGCUUCCAUCUUAAUUUUUAUAUUACAAUUUAUUUUUAAUUGCAUUAAAAAUGAGCAGGAAUUACAUUGUUA